AUGUCUGAGGAGGAGAGACAAUCGCUUCAGGAUGACGAAAAACUUGUGAUUGAAUCGAUAUUCUGCGAAGACGCCGUAUUUGCACAGCAAAAAUGGAAAGUUUGGCACCCUCUAGAAGUCACCAUCCACCUCAAACCACCCGAAUCCUGCUCCACCGAGCCAUCCACCGAAAAACGACGCGAAGUGUCAGUAGAUCUACACGUGGCGUGCUCAAGAGAAUAUCCAACUCGCCCGCCAAAUUUGGAGAUUCGAAAUAUCAAGGGGAUUUCGCUGGACACUUCGAGGAGCCUGCUAGAAUUGUUGAAGGAAAAAGCGAAGCAACUCGUGGGCAACGCGAUGAUCAUGGAUUUAUGCGAUUCAGUCAAAGAUUUUCUGGCUAGACAGGAUAAUCGGGCGGUGCUAAGUUUCCACGAGACAAUGAUGAGAACCAAGGAGAAUGCGGCAGUUGAGAUAAAUCGAAAGCGUUUGGAUAGUGAGAGACGGGAAUUGGAACUGGUGGCUGAGGAGCAGGAGAGAAUUGCGGUGGAGAGACAAUUGGGGCGGCAGGAGAUUCUACUAAAAGAUCAUCGGAUGGAGGGAGAAUGUCGAAUGAUUGGUGGAAGAAGGGUUGUGGUGUUGGCGAAUAUUCCGAUCAGAGAUCGGAAAUUGCACAAUUUCUGUAAAGAAUGGAUGGGCUUUUGGGAUGUAAGGAGAUUUAAAAGAGAACUAGUAGUUUUCGACCCGCUGAUCACGAUCCCCCUGUCUAAAACUGCAAAUCUCAACUCCUAACAUGAGUUAUGACGUGGCGGAAAAUUGGGGCUUUGGAGGGUUAGAACUCGCCUUUAAAAUUAUUUUCAUGAAAAUCUAAUAGCAUAGGGUUGUUCAGGAAGAUCGAUUACAUAAGUCAUACAAAAAUCCGGAAGAUUUUUCAAAAGUUUGAAAUCUGCAACCUGAAAUAACUUUGAACAGUGAAAAAAGUUAAAUCAGGUUGCAGAUUUCAAACUUUUUUGAAAAAUCUCCCGGAUUUUUGUAUGAACUCUCUAAACUUAUGUAAUCGAGCCUCCUGAACAACUCUAUGCUAUCAGAUUUUCAUGAAAAUAAUUUUGAUGGCGAUUUCUGAUGUUAGGAGUUGAGCUUUGCAGUUUUAGAGGUCGAAAACUACUAGAAAACAUAUAUAUUUUUAAAAACCAUGUGUUUCCAGAAUUCUCAAUUGCUAAUCUCCGAAUGGACAUUCCGCCACACUUUGGGAAGAAAUGCGAGUGAUGCGAAAAAACGAGAUUUCGAGCCUUUCGUUCGAAAACUCGAGGAAACUUGUGAAGAAUUGAAUUCACUUUGCAAAUUCGACAAACCCGAUCCGAAUCUCGUCGAAUACUCGUUUAUUCAUGUUCAGAAGACGGCGGUUACGCCGACGAAUUUGUUUGUUCAGAUUUUUGUUGGGCAGAAGAUUUAUCCGGAUGAGCAGAAUAUGUUGGAUGCCUAUCAGAUGGUGGCUACGAAUGUGAGCGAAAAAUUGUCUAGUUUUUCUAGGGAGAUUGUCUAGUUCUAGCUUCUCUAAUUCUCUAGUAAAAAGUGUCUAGCUUCUCUAAUUAGAGACGCUACAGAAUUACAGAAACCAGACACUUUUUACUAGAGGGUUGGAGAAACUAGAACAUUAGGGUUAAAAAAUCGGAAAAUUCGAAGUUUUCGGCUCAAAAAUCAAAAUUGGAGCCUUUUUUUGAGGAAAAUCUGAUUUUAUCUGAUAUUUUUCAAAUCAAUUUCCCCGACAAAAUUCAAGUUUUUGACACGUGGAUUAAUGGGGUGAUUCAAGUCGAAAAAAAUCCACGUGUCAAAAAUUUCAAUUUUUUCCAGAAAAUUUAUUUGAAAAAUAUCAGAUUUUGCUCAAAAAUAGGCUCCACUUUUCGAUUUUUGAGCCGAAAACUUCGAAUUUUCCGAUUUUUUGACGUUUCUCUCUGAUUCUCUAGUAGAAAAUUUCUAGUUUCUCUAAUUCUCUAGCCUCUCUAGCUUCUCUAACUUCUCUAGCCUUUCUAGCCUCUCUAGGCUCUCUAGCCUCUCUAAUUCUCUAGGCUCUCUAGCUCCUCUAGCCUCUCUAGCCUCUUUAGGCUCUAGUCUCUCUAGCCUCUCUAAUCUCUCUAGCCUCUCUAGGCUCUCUAUCCUCUCGAACUCUAGCCUCUAACCUCUCUAGCCUCUCUAGCCUCCCUACCCUCCCUAUGCCUCCAAUUUUCCAGUGCUCCCUGGUCCGCCGCCUCGCCGCCCAAGCUGUCUGCGGUCUCCGCUACCUCCACGAACAACAACUCUCCCACUCGGCCCUAAGCAUGUGCUCCGUCUGGCUGCGCGAACACGUCUUCCGAUUCUCCGACUUCGCCACCCUCCACGCCUUCCUCAAUCUCUGCCAAUUAUUCAAUGAUCUUGUAGCCGGAAAAAGCGCCGAACAACUUUUAGAAGAUGAGAAACCAAAGCGAAGGGAUCUUUUUCAACUUGGAACAUUGCUGGAUGAAUUAUUGAUCGAAGCGAGAAGUUCGGAAUAUUCGCGAGUUCCGUCUCCUGAAAUCAGUGGAGCUUCGUUGGCAAAAUUCAUCGCAAAAUGUCAAGAAGCAAAAAACAUCGAUCAACUUGUUGAUGAUCAAUUUCUGAAUCACGAUGUUCCAAUAAGCGGAGAUUUCUCAGAUGAUCUAAUAUUCACAUCAUGCGGUGGAGCAAUGGGUCAACAAAGUCGAGUUAUGAAGGAAUUUGUGGUGAUUCGAAUGUUGGGAAAAGGUGGAUUUGGUGAUGUUUUGCUGGCGAGAAAUAAAAUGGAUAGUAUGGAUUAUGCGGUGAAGAGGAUUCCGUUGAAUGCGGGAAAUGAGCGAUUGAAUCGGAGGAUUAAAAAGGAGGCGAAGUUGUUUGCGAAAUUGAAUCAUCCCAAUGUUGUUAGGUAUUUUAGGUGAGUUUUUUUUUGUUCUUUUCCAAUUUUUUCCGGCUCAAAAAUCGAAAUUGGAGCCUAUUUUUGAGCAAAAUCUGAUUUUAUCUGAUAUUUUUCAAAUCAAUUUUCCGAAAAAAAUUCAAGUUUUUGACACGUGGAUUUAUGGGGUGAUUCAAGUUGAAAAAACAUUUUUGAAACAGUGAAAAUUCUGAAUAAAAAAUCAAAAACAUCAAAUAAUUUUUGUUCACUGUUUUUUUUAAAUAAAUUUUUGAAACAGCGAAAAAUUUCCAUUUUUUGAAUAAAACCCUUAUUGGAAUAGAAUCAGAAAAUAAAUUUUCCCCAAAAUUUUAAAACUGAAUUUUGAAACAGUAGAUUUUUAAAACAAUUAAAGUAUAAUUUCGAAACAGUGAAAAUUCUCAAAAACAAUUUAUUUAUAAAAUCAAAUAAUUUUUUGUUCAAUGUUUUUUCAUGAAAUUUUGAAACAGCGAAAAAUAACAAAGUUUUUUUUCACAAAAAUUUCGAUUUAGCAAAAAUUUGAAUUUUUUCCCGAAAAUUGAUUUGAAAAAUAUCAGAUAAAAUCAGAUUUCACUCAAAAAAUAAAUUCCAAUUUUUAUUUUUGAGCCGAAAAAAAUUUGAAGCUUGAAAUCCACGUGGUUUGAAACAAGAUUUCAAAUUUCGAAUUUUCGCGCCAAAAUGAACCUUUUUUUCACUGGAAUAUCAACUUUUGAAUAAAAAUUUUGAUUUUUUACGUUAAAAAUUGGAAUUUUUUCUGAAAUUCUCCUUGGAAACUUGCACCAAUUUUGAUUUUUGACCUGAAAAAAUUUGAAAUUUGAUAAAAAUUUCUAAUUUUCGCGCCAAAAUGAACCAAAAAUUGUUUAUAAUCCGCUUGGUUAUUUUCGAGUUCCAAAUUCCACCUACCAACUUUUUCCAGCGCCUGGGCCGAAGAUCUAACACCAAUCGACUCGCAAUCCGACACCGACUCCGAAUGCGCUGUCCCAAUCCCCGGAAAACCCAAAAAACCCACCAAAAAAUCCACGACGAAGCCCCGGAAAAAAGCGGGAAGAGAAUCGAUUUCCGAAGACCCGGGUGACUCACUUUUGCCACCACAAUUGAGAGCAAUUGAACGAGAAGCGGCGAAGGCGGCGAAAAAUCGAUUGAAAGUUGUGGAGACUAGUGAAUGGUCGACGAGUUAUAGAGGUAAUUACAGUAUUUUGAACUGGAAAAUUUGCUGAAAAUCUCAAUUUUCAGCAGCCAAUCAUCAAUCGUCUUCCCAAACUUCUGGAUCAGAUGAGGAAAUUGAAAAUGAAAAUGUGCAAACUGGUAAAAAAGAGCAACACUACAAGCAGCAUGCAUCAUUCGAGUAAUCGAGCCAACAAAGUUCAGACAUUGUUCUCGCCAUCAAAUGGCGGAUUAGCGUGUGGUGGAGGCGAUGAUUUGGUUGGUUUUUUUUCGAAAUUUCAAGAAAAUAUAUGUGUUCUGGUGGUUUUUGACCUCUAAAAUUGCGGAACUCAAGUUCUAAUAUGAGUUAUGACGUGGUAAAGUUGGAGAAUUUCGGGCUGAAACCUGAAAAAGCUUUGAAAAUUAUUUUUUCCCAUGCAAAUCUAAUUAUGGGAUCAAUUUUGAAAAUGUAUCCCAUAAUUAGAUUUGCAUGGGAAAAAAUAAUUUUCAAAGCUUUCCCGAAAUUUUCCAACUUUGCCACGUCAUAACUCAUAUUAGAAGGUGAGUUCUGUAAUUUUAGAAGUCAAAAACUACCAGAAAACCCCUAUUUUAUUAAAAAUCUCGAUUGCAAGUUUGAUAUUUUGAACCUGGGAAAUGUUCGUUUCAAAAUUUCUACAAAAAUGCCAAUUUUUAAUAAAAUAUGGGUUUUCUGGUAGUUUUUGACAUCUAAAAUUGCAGAACUCCAGUCCUAAUAUGAGUUAUGACGUGGCAAAGUUGGAGAAUUUCGAGCUGAAACCUGAAAAAGCUUUGAAAAUGAUUUUUUCCAUGAAAAUAUAAUUAUGGGAUAAAUUUUGAAAAUUUAUUUUUGUUCAGUGAAAAAUUCUUCUGAUGAAUUUUCUCACUGAACAAAAAUAAAAAUAAAUGUUCAAAAUUAUUUUUCCCAUGCAAAUCUAAUUAUUGGAUCAAUUUUGGAAUUUUUUUUGGUUGUUCAUUGUUCAAAAUUGAUCCCAUAAUUAGAUUUACAUGAGAAAAAAUCAUUUUUGAAGCUUUUCCAUGUUUCAGCCCGGAAUUCCCCAACUUUGCCACGUCAUAACUAAUACUAGAAGUUGAGUUUCGCGAUUUUCAACGACGGAAUCGUGAUCAGCAGGUCGAAAACUACCAGAAAACAUAUUUUUUGAACCUGGGAAAUAUAAGUUUCAAAAAAAAAAUUGUAAAUUUUUUCAUUCCAGGACAAUUUCUGGGAUGAUUCUGAAAAAGAAGAAGACGAAGAGGAAGAAGAGGAAACUGGAGAAUCAAGCAUUUUUGAAAAAUUAAAAACAUCAGAAUCCGAUUCAGUUGAUAUUGUUUUUGGAGAAGGUUCUUCAUCAUCGAAAUUCCCCGAAAAAUCAGAAAUCGAAGAAUCACCACCAAAACCAUCAAAACCUUCAGCAAAAGAGAAACUAUUUAGCCCAAAAGUGUUGAUUAUUCAAAUGGAAUACUGUGAAAAAGGCACGCUUCGGCAAUUGAUUGAUGAAGAGAAGCUCAUUAAUAAUCAGGAAGUUUGCUGGCGAAUUUUCUCGGAAAUUUUGUGCGGAUUGCAAUAUAUUCAUAUGCAGGGAAUGAUUCAUCGAGAUAUUAAACCGUUGAAUAUUUUUUUGAAUUCGCAGCAGAAUGUGAAGAUAGGGGAUUUUGGAUUGGCUACGAAGGAUUUUAUUAGGUAAGGUUUUGGAGGUUUUCAUCGGAAAUAUAGAAUUUUUGAUGAAAAUCCGUGUGGCAAACGUGGUUUUUUAUACUAAAAAAUCUACUGUUUCAAAAUUUAGUUUAAAAAUUUGAGGAAAAAUUUGUUUUUUGAUUCCAAUUCUUUCUUUUUCAAAAGUCUGUGGAAAAAAAAAUUCAAAACAAAAAUUUUUUAUCGAAAAAUCUACUUAAAUUAUUUUAAAAAAUUACUGUUUCAAAAUUCAGCUUUAAAAAAUUUGGGGAAAAUUUUUUGUUCAUCAUUCUCAUUUUUUAGAAAAAAUAUCUGGUUAUUUUUUGCUGUUUCAAAAUUUCGUGAAUUUUUUUCAAAUAGAAAUAUACUUUAAUUAUUUUUUAAAAAUACUGUUUCAAAAUUCAGUUAAAAAAUUUGGCUGAAAAAUAAAAUUAAUGUUUGAUUCCAAUUUCAUGAACUUUUAUGAAAAAAAAACAUUUGGUUAUUUUUUGCUGUUUCAAAAUUUCAUGAAAAAACAUUGAACACAUUUUAUUUGAUGUAGGAAUGGCGAAAAAUCCAAAAUAAAUUAUUUUUGAGAAUUUUCACUGUUUCAAAAAUAAAAUUUAAUUGUUAGAAAAAAUUACUGUUUCAAAAUUCAGUUUUAAAAUUACAUGAAUCAAAAAUUAAUUUAAUUUUGGGGAAAUUUUAUAAAAAAAAACAUUUGUUUAUUUUUUGCUGUUUCAAAAUUUUAUGAAAUAACAAGCUUAAAAAAACUUAUUGGUUAUUAUUAACAAUUGCAAAUCCAAAAUUAUUUUCACUGUUUCAAAAUUCAGUUGAAACAUUUUGGGGAAAAAUUAUGUUUAUUCCAUUUUCUACUUUUCUGAAAAAAAAUGUGACAAUUUUUCGCUGUUUCAAAAAUUUAUUUAAAUAAAUUUGAAAAUGUUGAAUUAAUCCUUUAAUUAUAGAGAAUUAACUGAUAGAGCAAUAUUCCAAUUUAAAAAAAACUUCCAAUUCCAGAGAUCGUAAACGCGACAAAGCGGCCGAAAAAAGCACAAGCUUCGAAAAAGAAAAAGGUGUCGUCGAUCAAACUCGAGACAUUGGAACACAAUUAUACAUGGCACCCGAGUUGUUUUUGGAACAGGAAAAGGGCAAAUUGUACACGUCGAAAAUUGAUGUAUUCAGUUGUGGAGUUGUGCUUUUCGAGAUGUUUUAUAGACCGCUGUUGCCUGGAAUGGAGAGAAUUUCGACGAUUGAAGCGUUGAAGUGAGGAAAACAUCUGAAAAUUCAUAAUUUUUGAGCUGAAGUUCAAAAUUUCUGGCUUAAAAUGAUGGGAAAAAUCUGAAAAUUUAUGAUUUUUGAGCUGAAUUUCAGAAUUUCUGACUUAAAAGUAAGAGGGAAAUCAGAUUUUUGUUACAGAAAUGUUCAAAAGUCACGUUUUAAAAGUGAAAAUUCACAAUUUCUGACAUGAAAAUUGAAAAAAAAUCUAGUUUUUGUAUUAGAAAUGUUUGAAAUUCGGGGUUUUCUACCUGAAAAUCAUGAAAAUUUGAGUUUUGUGGUCUGAAAUUAUGAUUUUUUUGGAAAGAAAAUGCGGAUUUUUAGUUUAAAAUUUAUGAUUUUUGAGCUGAAAUUCUGAAUUUCUGACCUGAAAAUUGAAAGAAAUCUUGUGUCUGUGCCAGAAAUGCUCAAAAUUCAUGGUUUUAACCUAAAAAUCUUCAAAAUUAAAGAUUUUCCAGUUUUCAGCUUCAAAAAUCUACUAAAUUUGAGAAAAAUCAUGGAUUUAUAGGAAAUUCCGGUUUUUGAACCGAAAUGGUUGAAAUUCAGGUUUUUAAAAUUAAAAAUUGUUGAAAAUUUGAAAUUUUUGACCAAAAAUUAUGAUUUUUUGAAACAUUUCAACUUCAAAAAUCAACCAUUUUACAUACUAAAUUUGAGCAAAAUCAUGGAAAAAUUCAAUUUUCAACAUUGAAAAUCAACCCUUUUCCAGAAAAUACGCCACACUUCCCGUCGAUUUUGGCACAAAUCUAACCACCGCUCGAAAAACCAUCGAAUGGAUGUUGAAAACGAAUCCAGAUGAAAGACCGACUGUAGAUCAAUUAUUAAAUGAUGAAAACCUUCCAAUGAACAAAGGCGAAGACGCACAAUUCCAAAAACAAUUCCAAAGAAUCAUCAAAAAACGUGGAUCUCGUCAACACAAUUGGAUAAUCAAUCAAAUAUUCAACGAGGAAAUUCCGGUGGCUGUGAAUUAUUGCUACGAUGCCGAGAUUUGUAAGGAGCGAUUUGCGAAUAAUCGCGAGCAGAUUAUUGAGAAUUUACGCGAGGAAUUUGGGAAUAUUUUGAAGAGUCAUGCCUACGAAUUGAUGCAUAUGCAUACGAUGACACUUUGUUCGACGGCGAGAGCAUCGGCGCCUGUGAGAAUUCGACCGGUGGAAUUUAUGGAUAAAAGUGGGACGACGGUCGCGUUGCCGGUAAGGGAUUUACACUUUCAUAAAAAUGUUAUGAAAAAAAAAACACUUGGAUAUUUUUUGCUGUUUCAAAAUUUUAUGAAAAACUAUUUUUUUUUUGAUAAAUUGAUUCCAAUAAAUUAGAGUUUUCGCUGUUUUAAAAAUUUAACUGUUUCAAAACUCUCAAAAUUUUGGCGAAAUAUUUACUUUUGAUUCCAAUACUCUUCAGGCCAGAUUCACGAACGGGAAAAAUGUUUAAAAAUGUUUUUUAACAUUGAAAUUUCAAUUCACGAAAAGACAAAAAAAUUCGAGUUUUUCAGCCAAAAAUGAUGACAAAUCGAGAUUUUUGAAGCUUCUGGAGGGAUUUUUGAUGAAAAUGAGCUUCGAGAACCCUAUUUUACCUCACUUUAUUAAUUUUUUCGGAAUUCAUCAAAAUUUUAAAAUUUUUUAUUUUACAAAAAAUCAGCAAAAACUUUUGAAGUUCAAUUUUCAUCAGAAAUUACUCCAGAAGCUUGAAAAAUAUCGAUUUGUCAUCAUUUUUGACUGAAAAACUCGAAAAACUAAUUUUGAUCUACAAUGUUUUUUCGACAUUUAUUGACUUUUCGUGAAUUGAUUUUUCAAUGUUAAAUGAACAUUUUUCUUUCGUGAAUCAGGCCUGAAGAGUAUUGGAAUCAAAAAUAAAUGUUUCGCCAAAAUUUUUAAAAGUUUAUUUUGAAACAGUGAAAAUUCUCUCUUUGUUGGAAUCAAUUUAUCAAAGAAAAAUUGUUUUUCAUGAAAUUUUGAAACAGCAAAAAAUAACCAGAUACUUUUUUCUAAAAAUGAGAGUGAUAAACAAAAAAUUUUUCCCCAAAGUUUUUAAAAUUGAAUUUUGAAACAGUAAUUUUUUUAAAACAAUUUAUUAAGUUGUAAGUAUAUUUUUGAAACAGUGAGAAUAACUUUAAAAAAUUUCAUUUUUGACGUUCCGCCAAAGUCACAUCAAAUAAUAUUUUGUUCAAUGUUUUUUUUCAUUAAAUUUUGAAACAGCGAAAAAUUGUCCAUAUUUUCCCAUUCUUCUAGUACACGUCGACCCACUUGCUGCAAUGGGUGUACGGUUUUUCAGUUUUUUCCACGAAGUGCUACGAGAAAACCCCGCAACUAGACUUCAUGAAACUCAUUAUUUCCAUAGAUUUUAACACGCUGAUCACGAAUAUGAAAUCAGUUUUCGAAAUGGUUCAGUAGUUCUUUUGCAUUUUGAUGCAUUCUGUCUCACACCCAUUGCAUCAGUUUGUUCUUUAGUGGGUCGACGUGAGUAAAGCUUGAUCAACACAAAAUUUUCCCUAAUUUUUUAAAGCUGAAUUUUGAAACAGUAGAUUUUUUAAAAAUAAUUUAAGUAUACUUUUAUUUGAAAAAAUUCGCGAAAUUUUGAAACAGCAAAAAAUAACCAGACUUUUUUAUCAAAAAAAAUUUUUGGUCCAACAAAAAUUCUGUUUCAAAAAAUUGAUUUUUAAAAAAUAGUGUCAUAGCCGAAUUUCUAGCUCAAAAUUCUUAUAAUUUUUUUCUCCAAAAAAUUUAUGAAAAUCAGUUAUUUCAACCCGUGAAAUCCCAUAAAAAUCCAAAUUUUUGGUCCAACAAAAAUUGUGAUGAAAAUUUACUGUUUCAAAAGAAUCAUAGAAUUUUUCAAUAAUUUAUGAAAAUCUGUUCCAUUAUCAAUAAGCGUCAAAAAUUGCCACGUCAUCAAAUUUUGGCUCUAAAAAUUCACUGUUUCAGAAAAAUCAUGAAAUUGAUGACUGAUUCUAGUCUUAUUGUUUGGUAUUAGGCAAGUGGAAUUCAAUAAGCGUCAAAAAUUGCCACGUCACAAUUUUUGAUGCUGCAAAAUUUACCGAAAAAUUUCACUGUUUCAAAAAAAUUUCUGGCUCAAAAUUCCAUGAAAAUUAAAUUUUCGGUUGUAAAAAUUCCUAUAAUUGUUUUCUCCAGAAAAUUGAUGAAAAUCAAUUUAUCAACCCACGAAAUUCCAUAAAAAUCCAAAAAAAAUAUCUGAUUAAAAUUAACUGUUUCAAUAGAAUCAUAGAAUUUUUCAAUAAUUUAUGAAAAUCUGUUCCAUUAUCAAUAUAAUAAGCGUUAAAAAUUGCCACGUCAUCAAUUUUUGGUGCUGGGAAAUUUUACCGAAAAAUUUCACUGUUUCAAAAAAUUUGUUUUGAAAAAAAUAGUGUCAUGACUGAAUUUCUAAAACCUCAAAAUUCCAUGAAAAUUCAAAUUUCGGCUCCAAAAAUUCCUUUUAAAAAUUGAUGAAAAUUAGUUAUUUCACCCCACGAAAUUCCAUAAAAAUCCCAAUUUUUGGUCCAGAAAAAUUCUGAUAAAAAUUAACUGUUUCAAAAGAAUCAUAGAAUUUUUCAAUAACUUAUGAAAAUCUGUUCCAUUAUCAAUAUACACCGGAAUACAAAUUUCACUGUUUCAGAAAGUUAAUUUAAAAAUAAUAACAUAGCUGAAUUUCUAGCUCAAAAUUCUUAUGAUUUUUUUCUCCAAAAAAUUGAUGAAAAUUAGUUAUUUCAACCCGAAAAUCCAUAAAAUCCAAAUUUUUGGUCCAACAAAAUUUCUGAUAAAAAUUAACUGUUUCAAAAGAAUCAUAGAAUUUUUCAAUAAUUUAGGGAAAUCUGUUUCAUUAUCAAUAUACACCCAAAUUCAAUAAGCGUCAAAAAUUGCCACGUCAUCAAAUUUUGGCUCUAAAAAUACAGGAAAAAAAAUUCACUGUUUCAGAAAAAUCAUAAAAUUGAUGAAUGAUUCUAGUCUUAUUGUUCGGUUUAGGCUAUGGUCAUAAUUAGGCUAAUAUCAGCGUUGUUAAGAUUGAACUUGGGCUUAGGCCUAAGGUUAGGCCCUAGGCUUUAGGCUAUGUAAGAGCUGAGGUUAGACUCGGAAUUUUUUUCUAGACCUUGACUUAGGCUCAGACGAGUACUGUAAGCUUGGGAAAAAUUCUGAAAUUUUAACCUUGAGACAUUUUUACCCUAAACUCUAACCUGAGCAAUGAUUUUCCAGAAAAUUCUGAAUUUUUUUCCAGAUUGACCUCCGCCAAAAUUUUGUGCGAUUCUGCGCGCGAAACGCCAUCAAUCGAUUGAAACGCUACAAUUUCGGACGAGUUUAUUGGGCUGAUGAUUCAAGAGGUAUGAAAAUGCAUGAAAAUCAACCCAAGUUACCCUAAAUUCCCCCUUAUUUUAGGCACAACUCAUCCACAAGAACGAUGGGAAUGUUCAGUUGAUAGUAUUGGUUUGAGAAGUGCUUCGAUCUCUUUGGAUGCUGAAAUUCUGUUAACAGCCUGUCAAUUGAUUUCGACAAGCCUUAAAGGCCUUAAAAUGACCUUAAGAAUUGGGCAUAUUCAAUUGAUUGAUACGGCUUUGAGACACUUGAAAGUUAGCGAUGAUUUUCGAGGAGAUGUGCUCAAUAUUUUGCAUUGUUUUUCGACGAGUGAUAGUGGGUUUUGGGUUGUUUUUUGGGGGGAGAAACUUGGAACUUUAUAUAUUUUUGGUGAAAUUUUCAGAUUUCUAGCCUAAAAAUCUUGAGAAAUUUCACGAAAAUCGUUGAUUUUUCAUUUAAAAAACCAUUGAAAAAUACGUUUCAAAAAUAUUGUAUUUGAAAUUUUUAUUUUCGAUAUUCGAUAGUUAAUUCUGUACGAGAAUACUGAAAAUUUACGAAAAAUUAUGAUCUAUGAGCCAAAUGUUCAAAAUUAUCCUAAAAUUCCAGAAUUUCAUCUGAAACUAGAUUUUCUGAGCUGAAAAUCUUGCUAAAAAUCUGAAAUUAAAAAAAAAGUUUAAUUUUUCCGAAACCCUUCAAUUACCUGCUGAAAUUAUCUGGAAUUUCAGAUUUUUGAGCUGAAAAUAUGGAAUACCCCAGAAAUCAGGAAAUUAUAGUUUUCCACCUUUUUUUGGAGAAAUUUUGAAAAUUCGAGAUUUAGAGCUGAAAAUUAUCCAAAAAUUGCAGAGAAAACUGAAAUUUAUGAAAAAAAAUUGACUUUUUCAGAAACCCUCCAAAUUAUUGAUGAAAUUACCUAGAAUUUCAGAUUUUUGAGCUGGAAAUCUUGAAACUAGCGAAUUUUUCAUAUUCUAAAAAUUCACUGUUUCAAAUUUUUCAUAAAUAAAUUAAUUUUAAAUUCUGUUUUGUUCUGUUUUUCGAAUAUUUUUCACACUAACCCUUCUUUUUGAAAAACUAUGAAAUUUAAAAAAACUUAGAAAAAUCAAAAUUCCACCCUCAAAUCCACGUUUUUUUUGCCAGAAACGCCCCAAUUUAGAGCUGGAAUUUCGAGCUGAAAUUUCAGAUUUUUGAGCUCAAAAAGAGCUGAAAAUUAGCCUUCAUUUGAAAAUCUUCAAAAUAAAUAUGAAAUUUUCAAAAAUUUGAUUAGAAAACCCUCAAAAUUUCCAGAAACCCUCCAAUUCCCCGAAAAAAUCCGUCAACUCGGCGAGCUAAUCGGUGUCAAAAGUGCCACUUCUCUCCUCCACUGCCUUCCAAGCGAACCAAGUCUCGUGAAAUUUGCCGAAUCGCUGCGACAUCUUCUCAAAUCGCGCGACGAACCGAUUCGCGACGCCGCCACUCGAUGCAUCAAAGAGCUCUCGGAUAUUUUUGAGGUGUUCAAAAUUGCGGCCGGCGAGGAAAUCACAUCAAAAUUCAAUGUGGUUUUCGACGCGGCCACAAGUUAUCGGCCACGAACUUUUGGCGAUGGCCUAGUUUUUCAAAUCGUGGUCGAAGUGCCGAAUUUGUCGAAGCGCGCGAAUUUGACGGCGAAACAUGUGGCGGUUUUGGCGGGCGGAAGAUAUGAUUCGAUUUUGUUGCGAGAACGACACCCUGGUGAUAUUGUGCCGAGUUUUCCGCGAUGUUUGACGGGUUUUGCGAUUUUGAUGGAUGUUGUUGCGCAGAUUCGAAGACGUGUUGGAAUUCGGGUAAUUUUUGAGUCAAAAUUUCAGAAUUUCAUUUAAAAUAUGGGGAAAACCCUUCAAAACUAGGAAAAGUUUUGAAAAUCCGAAAUUUAGAGCUGAAAAUUAGCCUAAAAUUUCAGAUUUUUGAGUCAAAAGUGUUCAAAAUUUUCCUGAAAUUCCAGAAUUUCAUCUAAGAACUAGAUUUUCUGAGCUUUCUGAAAAUUUGAAUUUUGAUAUGUUAAACUACAAAAAAAUUGAAUUUAAAAAAAAAAAAAACUGGAAAUUUCAAUUUUCCAGUUUCAGAUUUUUAAGUCGAAAAUUAACCUUUAAGGCAUUGCUCAUGUUAAAAAAAAAUCUUUUUUAAUCACUGUUCAUGUUAAAAUUUGCCCUGAAAUUUUGUGACGUGGAAUUUCGGUUCUAAUAGUAGAAAUUCACAGUGAUUUUUAAAUUUCAAGCAUUGCUCAUGUUAAAAAUUCAUUUGAAUUUUUGUGACGUGGAUUUUAUGAUGAAAAUCCACAGUAACUUCAAUUUUCAAGCAUUGCUCAUGUUAAAUUUUUUGCAAAUUUUUUUGCAGGAAAACAAGAAGGGUUGCGUGACAGUAAUCUGCUCACUAACUCAAACUGACGGAAAUUUGAUGUUGGCCGAAAAAUUCCGAUUGGCAAAAUUGUUGUGGAGCAACAAUUUGGCGGCUGAUGUUUUGCACGAACCUGUCGAAUCGACUAAUCAAUUGGCUGUAAGUUCAGGAAUUUUGAAAAAUCUGGAAAAAAAUCGGCUGAAAAUGAGCCCAAAUUUGAGAAAUUUAGGGAUUUUUUGAUCUAAAAGCAUAUUUUUCGAUGAAAAAUUGUGAUUUUUCCAGGAACACUGCCAAAAAAUGUCAAUUUCCCACUUGCUCACGGUCUGCAAUCCGUGUUCCGAAAUUCUCGUCAGUUCACAUCAAAAAGUACUCGGAAGAAUGUCGAUGGAAGCCGCUGUGAAAACAGUAUGCCGUGCUGCAGCAGAACAUGAGGAUUAUUUGAGAUUGGCACCGCUUGCCACGCUUCCACCGAUUAACAAUGAUCAGAUGGUUGAUGAGGCGAAUGAGAAGAUCAACACGACUGCGACGACACCGCUGGCACCGUCGAAAAGUGCGUCGCAGAUUUUGAGCGCAUCGAAUGCGACCAAAUCGAAGUUUGCCAUGACCACUAUUUCGAUGGCAUUUGUUGAGAGGACGGGAAAGAGGGAUAAGAAACGGAUUGAUGUGAGUCGAGCGCCAUUUGCGCGAGUGUAGACCGCGAGCUUCCGCGUUAGCGGCCACGCCUAAGCCUAGAGCCAGGCCGGAAAUUUUCCGGUUUUCCGCAAAAUGAGUUUGAAAAACACGGAAUCUGAUCUUUAGUAGUAAUAUAUCUUUAGCGGUCAAACCUAACAAGCCUAGAGUAAGCUUAGAGCCUUUUCUAAGCCUAAGGUAAGCCUAGAGCCUUUUUUGAGUAGACCGCAAGCUUCGAAAUUGGCCAAAUUAGGCCAAUUUUCACUUUAGACAUGUUUUUUGUAGACCCGGAAUUUUUACGUUUCAAGAUUUUAACUGUUUUUGAACUUAAAACCCGUAUGUUGAUCUCACCAAAAAUAAGAUUUGAAUGAUUCCCAAUAAAUUUUCAUCCAGAAUUUUAAGGUCCCUAAGGUCCCUUGUGAGUGGAAUUACGGUAUUUUUGAGACUAAAUAUGUGAUGUUUCCGAUUUUCAAACCACAUUUUGCAGAGUCAAGUUCAAUCGCAUAUCGCCGACGAAAUCCAAAUUUUUGACGGUAAAACGAAAAUCGAAGUGAUCGCUUGUGAUGUUAGCCGCGAAUUGAUCAAGAAGAUUGCCGGAGAAAUUACGAGGCAAAGUACUGGACAAGAGGUGAGCGGGGGUUUUUGCGGGCUUUUUAGGCUUUUCCGGGCCUAGAAAUGUUGGGCCUGAAAUUGAGAGAAGAGCAUUGCUCAUAUUAUACCGAAAAGUUCAAAAACAUUGCUGGUUAAAGGAUCAUUUUCAUUGAAGAAAAAUUGAAUUUAAAAAAAAAUUUUGUCAAAUUCCAACUUGCCACGUGGCAUUCAUUUUUUCAAAUUUUAAGCUUUGCUCAGGCUAGACUAAUUCUAAAUUAUCAGCUUCAGAUUUAUUGCUCAUCUUAAGCCAAAAUUUCAAGCAUUGCUCAUAUUAUACCACAAAAUCCAGAAAACAUUGCUCAUUUUAUAAAUUUCCUGGCUAAUUUUGAGCGAAUUUAAGAUGGGUUGACAAUUGUGGCGAAAUUUUUUUGCCACAUGGAACUUUUUUUUUAAUUUUGAAACAUUGCUCAGACUAGACUGUUUCUCAGCAUUGCUCAUUUUAAGCGCAAACCUUUUCGGAUUACUGUACCUACAGUAACUUUUUUUCCAGAUCGACGUCAUCUUCGACCAACUCUCCCGCCAAAAUCACGGUCGCGCAGCCAACGAGAAUCUCGACGCUCUCUGCACUCAACUCCGCCAAACACUAACUCAAUCUUCGACCACCGCGCCACGUGUUUGUAUUAUUUUCGGCAUCGCCGACAAUUUUUUCCGCAUUUUAACAUAGGCUUCUGGGCUUUUUACUAGGCCGAAACUAGGCUUUUCAGGGCCGAAACUAGGCUUUUUUUGUUGUUGUUGUCGAAUAGUAUAAUUUCUGUGAUUUUUGCCGAUUUUUCAUAUCAAAAAGUGUUUUUUUUUCCAUAUUUUUUGUAUAUAUUUGGUCUUGUUAGAAUGAAAUUUGCGCAUUUUUGUUGUGUUUUAUUUGAUAAGAUAAGGAUUUCUCUGGAUUAAAAGAGAAAUUCGAUUUCGCCACGAAAUGACUAAUUUAUUUUGCCUGAUUUUUUUGAUUAUUCUAUCCCAGAAUGCGUUUUUUGCACAGCAGAGGUUUAAAAGGGAUUUUAUGUUGAUUACGGAUGGAAAUGUGACUGAUGCACGGUGUUUUGAGGUGGGAAUUUUUGAGAAAAUUUGGUCCUGGGUGUAUUUUUGGGGGCGAAAAUAUGGAUUUUUAAAUUUUUGAACUGAAAUUUUUUUUUGAAUUUUCAAAAUUUAGCGCCAGGAGCUACAGUAGUCCUAUGGAUUUUCAGCUAAAUUUUCAAAAUUCACGAUUUUUGAGAAAAUUUGGCCAAAAAUAUGGGUUUUUGAUUAUUUUCGGCUGAAAAUGAUACAUUUAAAGCUGAAAUUUUUUUUUUGAAUUUUUAAAAUUUAGCGCCACGAACUACAGUACUCCUGGGUGCUAAAUUUUCAAAAGUGUCGAUUUUUCAGGCUGAAAAAAUUUUUUUUUGCAAAUUUUUUAAGCCCGAAAAAAUUCAAGAAAAAAAUACGUUUCAAAAAAAUCACAUCAAAAAUUUCUUAAAUUUUCAAAACGCUAAACUUACCGCAGUUUUUCCUGAAAUUAGAACAAUAAAAUCUACAGUAACUCUAAGGGAAUCUACAGUAAUCUUAAGGGAAUCUACAGUAAUCUUAAGAGAAUCUACAGUACCUUUCCCGCCAAAAUCUACAGUAACCUUCAGGAUUGUCAAUCGGUCUACAAAUCCAAAUUUGAAUACACCUUCAAUCAAAGCCUCGCAGAUUUCUACGAUUUUCCAUUUCACCCAAUUUUACUCGACGAAAAAUCGUUUCAACUAUACUGUAGUUUGGCGGCCGAAAAAACCAAAUGUUUCGCGGAAAAAUGCGAUGAUUAUGUGAGUCUACAGUACUCUUCUACAGUACUCUUCUACAGUACUCCUCAUUUUUCAGACCGCCGAAAACUCAUUUUCUCCUUCAAAUUUCGUGUGCGCCUUUAAACGCGAGCUGUUCGAAAAAUCGCAAAAAUGUUUGGCGAAAACUGAGCCGAUCACUUUUUUGAAGUGCGAUCAUGAGUGUCAGAAUCGCACGAGUACUGUAGCUAAUCAGGUACGGUAGAUCUCCGGAAAAUUCCGAGUUUUUUGAGUAUAAAUAUGACCGGGUUACUGUAGGACUAUGGCCGGGUUACUGUAGGACUUUACUCUUCAGAAAAUUUUAAUUAUAAGCUAGGGCUACUGUAGCCUACAGUACCUCUGAGAAAUGCAAUUUUUCUCUCUUGGAUUACUGUGAUUACUGUAGAUUAUUAAGUUAACAUGAGCAAUCUAUCACAGUUGCCUGACCCACCCAUAUUUAUACUCAAAAAAAAUCGGAUUUUUCGCUGGAUUACUGUACCUACAGUACCACCUCAGGUUUUCGUCUCAUCCGAAAUCGCCAACUACGAAAAAGAGCUCGACAAAUUGUGCACGUUCCAAAAUUGCUAUAUGAAAUGUAUGGAACCGGUUGUCAAAGAGGUACGGUAGGAGCGGAAGAUUGCGGUCGAGCGCCUUCCGCGCGAGUCUAGACCGCAAGCUUCCGCGUAGCGGCCACGCCUAGGUCUAGAGCCUUUCCCGAGCCGGAAAUUUUCCGCUUUUCCGGAAAAUGUGCUCGGAAAAUGAGUUUUAGUAUUUAGUAAUAUUUUCGAAAAAUAAAAUUUUUUGAAUUUUUUUUUUCAAUUUUUCAAAUUUUACUAUUUUUUUACGUUAAAAAAAUCGUAAAAUUUGAAAAAUUGAAAAAAAAUUCCAAAAAUUAAAAAAAAAUUAAUUUUUUUAUGAUAAAAUUUGAAAAUUGAAAAAAAUUCCGAAAAUUAAAAAAAAAUGUUUUUUUCAUGAUAAAAUUUGAAAAAAAAAUUCCGAAAAUUAAAAAAAAGUUUCAAAAAUUUGAAAAAAAAUUCCAAAAAUUAAAAAAUUGAAAAAAAAUUUCAAAAAUUUUAUUUUUUUUAAUCACAAACUGAGAAAUUUUCUCAAAAAUUAGAAAAAAAAAUUCAAAAAUUGAAAAAAAAAUCCAAAGGCCCUUCCUAAUCCUAAGCCCGGCCCAAAACUGCAAAAAAAAUGUUUUUGCAAUUUUCCAGCUCAAACCCCACCUGAUCCCGUUCCAGGCUUCCAGGCUUCUAGAUCUUCUCUAGGCCUUUUGCAGGCUUUUAGACCUAUGUCUUUUGAAUUCUCGGGCUUCUAGACCAUUUUUCGGGCUCCUAGGCUACUUUUCAAGGCUCCUAGGCUUUUUCAUAGAUUUUCAGGCCCAAAAACUGCAAAAAACUUAAAUUUUUUGGGCCUCGCAAGCCUUUUCGAGCCCAAAUCCUCGUUCCAGAUGUGUCAAAUCGAAUCCGAAUCCACAUCAGCCAUCGAAAUCGUCGAACUCUACAUCGAAUGGCACGCCGAUGAUAUUUCAGAUUGGCAUUCGAUAACUGGAAAUGAGAAAAAUCUGCCGAAUUCAUGCGGGGAUUUGGUGAAAAAUCGAGGAGCAAAAUUGGAAAAUGAUCCGAUUUUGCAGCAAUUGAUUGAUGAAAAAUAA